AUGCAGCAGAACUCGCAGCACCCUGAGGAAGCCCUGCUACACCAAUUGCCUGCGCUGCAGCAGCAGGCCCCUCUACAGCCGCUGCAGCAGCAACAGCAGCAGCAGCUGCUGCAGCAGCAGGUGCUGCUGCAGCAGCAGCCCUUCCUGCAGCAAGGUCAGCAGCUUGCAACAGCAACUGUCCCUCAAGGUGCUGCAGUAGAUGGCGGCUUUAUGGAUCAGCAGCAGCAGCAGCUGCUACUGCUGCAGCAGCAAAUGUUGUGGAUGCAGCAGCAACAGCAGCAGCAGCAGCAACAGCAACAUGGCAUAGGACACCAUGUGCAAGCGCAGCAGUUCCAACAGCUGCAGAAGCAGCAGCAGCUGCAGCAACAGCAACUGCAGCAGCAACAGCUGCAACAGCAGCAGCUGCAGCAACAGCACCUGCAACAACAGCAGCUGCAGCAGCAGCAACUGCAGCAACAGCAACUGCAACAGCAGCAACAGCUCCUGCAGCAGCUGCAACAACAGCAACAGCUGCAGGAACAACUGCAGCAACAGCAGCAGCUGCAGCAACAGCAGCAGGAGCAGCAGCACUUUGCCUUCCAGCCCGUAGCUCCUGGCUAUCAGCCCUUACCUGAGGCAGCAGCAGCAGCAGCAGCAGUAGCAGCAAGUGCAGCAACCCAGGAGCCUAUCAGCAGCAGCAACAGCAGCAGCAGCAAACCACAGCAGCAGAGGCCGCGCAAGCGAGUUGAGAAGCGUCGCCAGCAGCCACGCCAGCAGCAGCAGCAGCGACAGCAGCAGCAGCGGCAACUGCAGCAGCAGCAGCAGCAGCAGCAGCUCGACAGCAUGGACCCGUGGGCACCUACGUCUACGGAAGAGGUAUCAGCAGCAUCUGCUGCACAUGAGCAGCAGCAGCAACAGCAGCAGCAGCAGCAGCAGGACAGACAGUGGCUUAAUCCUAGCAGCAGCCAGCUUCCCGCUGCUGCUGCUGCAGACAGUGAAUCUCCAACCGCAGCAAGGCGCGCACAGGAGCAGCAGCAGCAGCAGCAGCGGGUGAUGAGCCGGGAGGAUACUGGCAGCGAUUGCUGCAGCAGCAGCAGCAGCAGCAGCACUCGCCUUCGUCGUUCCUCAAGACAGCCAGUGCCAUCAACCCGUUUUGCUGCUGAGUCUUCCCCUGCAGCAGCAGCAGCAGCAGAUGCUGCUGCUGCUGAUGACGAAGAAUGGGGUAGCUUUGCAGAUGCAGCAGCAGCAGCAGCAGAUCCUGCUGCUGCAUCAACGUUGCUGCCUAACAACAUAUACACUGCAGGCUUCGAUCCCUCACCAGAGGCAGUAGCUGCUGCUGCUGCUGCUGCUGCUGCACCACCACCUGCAGCAGCAGCAACAACAACAACUGCUGCUGCUCGUAGUCGUGCGGCAGGCACGAAGGCAGCAACCCGCAACAGCAGCAGCAGCAGCAGCAGCAGCACGAAGGAUACGGAGGUUGUACGUAUACCGUGGCAACCGCCAUGUGAUAGUGAGGACUCUGCUGCUGCUGCUGCUGCUGCUGGAUCAUCACCAACAGCAGCAGCAGCAGCAGCAGCAGGAACAGCAUUUGCUGCUGUUAUUAGAGAAGCAUCUACUUCUUGUACCAGCAGCAGCCCCCCCUCGCUGCAGCACAAUCCGCUGCAGCGGCUGCUGCGUCUUGUUAAGAAGCAGCCAGAUGCAGCAGGAACUGCUGCUGCUGCUGUUGCUGCUGCUUCUGCUGAUACUACUGCAGCAGCAGAGCUCUCUGCUGCUACUACAGCAGCACAGUAUCAGCUGCAGCGGAUGCUCGAGCUCAGGUGUACGUACACCUCAGCUCUAUGGGCACAUCAAUCCUUGCGUCUAUGCGCAGGUAUGAAUAUAGGGGGGGGGCCUCUUCCUGCUGCUGCUGCUGCUGCUGCUGCAGAUGAUAGACUUGGGGGCGGUAGAUCGCCUAGAAACAGCAGCAGCAGCAGCAGCACAAGUACCCUCAGCCACCAUUACAACCAGCAGCAGCAGCAGCAGCAGCAGCAGCAGCAGCAGCCGGUUUGGGGGGGAGGAUUAAAGCCAUGCGCGCUGCCGCUGCUGCUGCAGGAGAGGAGACGGCAGCAGCUACUGCUGCAGCAACAGCUGCAGCAACACCUACAGCAGCAGCUGCAGCAGCAAGUACCAGAGGCUGUGCCUCUUAUUGAGCCUUCUAAGGAGGAGACAGCUUUGCUGCGUAAGCAGCAGCAGCAACUGGCGCAGCAGCAGCAGCAGCUGAAGCAGCAGAAGCAGCAGCAGCUGCUAGCGCAGCAGCUGAAGCAGCAGCAACAGCAGAAGCAGCAGCAGCAGCAGCAAGCUUUCUUGUUCGAUGAGGUGCCUGUGGCGCCUAACGCCUAUGCGGAUGCUGCUGCUGCUGAUGCUGCUGCUGCUGCUGAUGAACUGCAGCAGCAGCAGCACGAGCCUCCUCUUCCCCCUGACACGCUGCAGCAGCCGCAGCAGCAGAUUCUCCUGCAGCAGCAGCUGCUGCACCAAGCGCAGCUAGUUGAUGCUGCAGCAGCAGAGGACCCUAGCGGCCGCUGUCCGCCGGGCAUACGCUGCAACAAUGAGCAAACGGAGCAGCAGCAGCAACAACAGCAGCAGCAGCUGCUGCUGCUGCAGCACCGCAGUGCUGAAGCAGCAGCACAGCCGCAGGGUCUUCUUACGCAGCAAGACAAGCAGCAGCAGCAGCAGCAGCACGGCCAGGAGCAGCCACAGCAGCCGGCGAACGGAUACUUGCAGCAGCAGCAGCAGGAAAAGGCUUCUAUCAUUGAGGAUAAACAGCAGAAGCAGCAGCAGCAGCAGCAGCAGCAAGCUCCUAACCGUUCACAGGCCCAGUGGCCCGUUACGUCUCCACGGUCGCUGCAGCAGCAGCAGCAUUUAGAGCAAAGGCAGCAGCAGCUGCAGCAGCAACUGCAGCACCAGUUGCAGCAACAGUUGCAACAGCAGCUGCAACAGCAACUGCACCAACAGCUGCAGCAGCAACUGCAGCAGCAGCUGCAGCUGAAGCAACAGCAACAGCUGCAGCAGCAACUGCAGCAGCAGCCGCAUCACGAAGAGGAUAAAGCAGAUGGUGGUUCACGGGACACACUAGCUGCUGUGCAGCAGCAGCAGCAGCAAGAACAGCAGCAGCAGCAACCGCCGCAGCAGCAGCUGCUGCUGCAGCAGCAGGAAGAGGAGGCACCAGAAAGGUGUGGUGGGGCUGUUGGGUCUGCAGGAGUUCUUGAGGACGGUCAGCAGCAGCAGCAGCAGCAGGAUCAGCAGCAGCAGCAGCAGCACGACCACCAUCAGCAUCAGCAGCAGCAGCAGCAGCACGACCAGCAGCAGAACCAACGGGAAGCACAUGCCUCAGCACACACUGCUGCGUCGCGUACUCCUCCCCAGUCAGCAGAGCAGCAGCAGCAGCAGCAACAGCAGCAGCAGCAGCAGCAGCAUGCAACCCUGUAUGCAUCUCCUGCUUUUUGCGGAUAUUCUUCUUAUAUAGAUGAGCAGCAAGUAUUCAUGAUGCAGAGUGCUGCUCCUGAUCCGCAGCAGCAGCUGCUGCUGCAGCACCUGCUGUCUCAGCAGCAGCAGCAAGCUUUAGACCCGCAGCAGCAGUUGCUGCUGCAGCACCUGCUGUCGCAGCAGCAGCAGCAGCAACUCCUUGAACACCAACCCCACCACCAUCAAAGACUCGGAGCAGCAGACCUGCAGCAGCAGCUAGUGCAGCAGCAGCUCGCGCUGCAGCAACAGCACCAGCAGCAACAGCAGCAGCAGGCACAGCUGCAGCAGAAGCAAUUAGUCCUUCAACAGCAGCAACACCAACACGCGCAGCUGUUGCAGCAGCAGGCAGCAGCAGCAGCAAGUGGAUCUGAUGGACAGCAGCAACAGCAGCAACGGCAGCAGCAGCAGAAGCAAGCAGCAGCAGUAUUGCGUUUUGCAUCAGGUGUUUCUCCCCAGACAGCAGCAGCAGCAGCAGCAGCACCAAAUGCAGCAGCAGCAACAGCAACACCAGCAGCAACAACAACAGCAGCAGCAACAACAACAACAACUCCCGCAUCCGUAGGACCAACAGGAACCCCAACAGCAGGAGGAGCAGCAACACCAAAUGCAGCAGGAGUACAAGGAGGAGGAACAGCAGCAGGAGCAGCAGGAGCAACAGGAGCAGCAGCAGGAGCAGGAGGAGGAGGAAAUAAGCGUGAGCUGCAGCAGAAGGUUCUCCCUGAUGGCAGCAGCAGCAGCAGCAGCAGCCCUCGUCGUCCAUUAAAAGCAGCACGUCGUCGUCAACAACAAGAAGCAGCAGUAGGUACAGGAGAUGCAGCAGCAUUAGCAGCAGCAGCAGCAGCAGCAGCAGAAGCAAGAGAGCAGCAAGCAGCAGCAGCACAAGAAUUAAGGGCACCAGGAAUUUAUUUUAAUUCUUCUGAUGGUACAUGGAAUGUUCAAUGGAAAACAACAGAUAAUAAAAGAAGAAGAAAAGCAUUCAGCUGCGCGAGACACGGGAUGGUAGCGGCGAGACAAUUGGCGUUAGAAUUUAGGGAAACCCUAAACCCUUCCUUAUAUGAGCAAGAGAAGAGGCAGCAGCAGCAGCUGAAGCAGCAGCAGCAGCAGCAGAAGCAGCAGCAGAAGCAGCAGCAGAAGCAACAGCAACAACAACAUAAAACACCUACUAAUAAACCUACAACAACACCACCUGCUGCUGCUCGUGGUGCAGCAGCAGAUAAAGAGCAGCAGCUACUGCAGCAGCAACUGUGGCAGCAACAGCAGCAGCAACAACAGCAGCAGCAGCAGCUUAUUCUGUCCCCUCUACAACAACAGCAGCAGCAACUGUGGCAGCAGCAUCAGCAGCAGCAGCAGCUCGUCAUGGGGGCACAACAACAGCAGCAGCAGCAGCAACAGCAGCAGCCGCUGCUGCUGCAGCAGGCCUCCUUGUGGGGCCUCAAUCAGCAGCAAGGCGUCAAUCUACAGAUGGUAGACGCAGCGUAUUCGGGUGUUGCAGCAGCAGCAACAGCAGCAGCAGCAGCAGCCGAUCCAACCGCAGCAGCAGCUGCUGCAGCUGCUGCUGCAGGAUGGCGUGUCCCGGCUGCUGCUGCCCGAAACAGCAGCAGCAACAACAGCAGCAGCAAUAACAGCAGCAGCAGCAGUAGCACUGCAGCUGGCAGCACCCCGUGGGAACCUAGCAGCGGUCUACCUGCAGCAGCAGCAGCAGCAGAUACUGCUGCAGCAGCAGCUGCUGCUGCUGACAACAGCAACUCUGCCGCUGAUGCGGCACGCCAUUAA